GGCCGGACUCACCAUGAUAUUCCCUCGUUUUUCCUCAUGAAGGUUUGCUCGUUAUAUCUUGGACAAGUACAUGGUGGAAGUUGUGGCUGACUUUCAGUAUAAUACUUUGCUAGCAACACAUUACUGUGUAUGCGCAAACAUAAAGUUCACUGGAUGACUUUGGUCUACAGUAAGGUGAAGCCAUGUACGAAUUUACGAGAAUGAUCGGCAGAGCUCAUACCAAAUACAGCACAGCUUUUAUGGGAGACUUGUAUAACUCUCCUCAUAAAGGCUUUUUAUUCUUGGUUGCAAGUAUCAAUGGCUGGUUAAGACUCUAUUUAUUCCAGGUCUCAUUAUUCGAGAUGAUCUUACACAGGACAUAACCAUCAAAUACCAAUUUGCUCUUUGCUCGUCAUAUUUUACAGCCAGAUUUUAUACCAAAUUAUAGACUUUCCUUCGCCAACAACAACAACAUACUUCUCCUAUUUCACUUGCUAUAAGAUACACGAUAGCAAGAUACUCCGAGUCUCAUCUCGACGAUCGUCACAUGAAGCUUACCUAAUCAAGUUUGGUCUUUUCUAGAAGGCCCCACUUUAGCACCAGAUCGGAAAUGCCAA